GGGGACAUGAGGGAGAAAAGGGACGUGGGGAUGUGGAGAAAUGGAGCGGAGGAGAUGGGAUCAUGCCGGGGCAAAGAGGGGAACUUGUGGGUGCUGCCACAUCAGGAAGGACCCAACUAGGUCAACAGAAGGAGAAGGAAAUGAGCCGACAUGUCUGAGGGCAGCAAGGGCAGCUCGCUGGCCUUUGGCCAGGUGGUAAUCGGGCCUCCGGGCUCUGGGAAGACGACCUACUGCCAGGGCAUGCAGGAGUUCCUGGGCAGGAUCGGGCGCAAGGUGACGGUGGUGAACCUGGACCCCGCCAACGAGGCGAUGCCGUACCAGUGCGCCGUGGACAUCGCCGAGCUCAUCACCCUGCCCGAUGUGAUGGAGAACCUGAAGCUGGGACCCAACGGGGGGUUGAUCUACUGCAUGGAGUACCUGGAGGCCAACUUCGACUGGCUGCAAGAGAAGCUGGCUGCGUUCAAGGGUCACUACUACUUGUUUGACUGCCCGGGGCAGGUGGAGCUCUACACCCACCACGACGCCCUGAAGAACGUCUUCGCGCAGUUGGCCAAGUGGAAUUUUAGGCUGGCUGCGGUGCAUCUGGUGGAUUCUCACUACUGCACGGACCCUGGCAAGUUCAUCUCUGUUCUCUGCACCUCGCUCUCCACCAUGCUGCACGUGGAACUGCCCCACGUCAACGUCCUCUCCAAGAUGGAUCUGAUCGAGCAAUAUGGCAAGUUGGCUUUCAACCUGGAUUACUACACGGAGGUCCUGGAUCUCUCUUACUUGGUUGAUCAUUUAGCUUCCGACCCCUUCUUCAGAAAUUACCGCCGCCUCAAUGAGAAGCUGGUGGAGGUGAUUGAGGACUACAGCCUGGUGUCCUUUGUUCCACUCAAUGUCCAGGAUAAGGAGAGCAUGCGGCAGGUGAUGCAGGCGGUGGACAAAGCCAACGGCUACUCCUUCGGAGACCAGGAGCACAGGAGCCUGGACGCUCUGAUGUCGGCUGCAGUAGGAGCCGAUUUCCACUUUACUUCCACACUUGCAGUGCAGGAGAAGUAUGUGCAAUCUCAGGACAAAGCUGUGGAAGAACAAGUGAUGGAUCUGUAACACACCCACCUCUUCCACAGCUGCUCUCUGUUUUGACACCUUUCCUUUUCCUACCCGGAGCUUAAGGGAUCUCUGCGUCCUGUGACUCAGAGCAAGUGAAAGCCUGUCCAGGCAGAGGUCUGGCUGCUGGACUCCCUCUCGGUAAGGGUUUGACCUCUUGUGCUUCAGCCCCGCUGCACAGAGCAGUGUUUGUGCAGAAAGGUGAUGGCUGAGCGCAAGGCAAGCCAGGUCUUUCCUCAGGAACAGAGGAGAUUUAGCCAGGUGAAGGCAUGGUUAGCAAGAGGAGAGAAGCAAGAUAAAGGAGAUGGACCUUUGCCAAGUCUCCUCCCCAUCGUGACCAAGGUAGAUCCAGAGGAAGAAAAUAAUUCUGAGCUGUCUCUUCUGCAGUGACACUUGAGCCCAAAGUUCUGCAUUUACUGCAUAGGAGGGACGUGCCUGGGCCUCGCGCUCACGAGGAUCCAAGCCUCCAAUCUGUCUCAAGGAGGACAGAAAGAUGGUUGUUUUUCUUUUUUUUUUUUUUUUUUGAAUAAUGAUGGACUCUUUCUUAA